UGUCCAGAUGCCAACCUGUUCGUUUGUGAGAGUCGAGGGAAGGGUGUGGGUGCUGCGGACUGCCUGUCUACACGAGUGCCGAAAGGGUGCUCCGAACGGCCGUGUUUAUGAUUCACUGUAGAACCUAGGCUUGUCUUGUCUACCUUUAGCUCCGACCUUCCUGACCUUGACUUUAACAGCCGGCAUGGAGGUCAGCAAGAGCACUUCUGCCUUCGUCUUCUUUGCUUUUUUGGGCGUCGUGGCCAGCUUAAAGAACAUAAGAGCGUCAGUCAUCACAGCCACUUUCAUCCAGUUGGAAUGGGAGAGUGACAAGAACGAGAAUGGUUUGAUACCUGAAUAUGCCGUCAGUUGGGGAAGGAACUCUUAUUUACAGACCAACACCACAACUGCGAGACUAAUGGAUCUAGAACCCGGCAGAAGGUACACCAUCACGAUAGAGAGAAUUAACCAGGGAAACGAUAGUCGGCUGUUGAGACAGAUCGAGGUUCGGACAGCGUCGCUGAAGUUGUCCCUGCAGCGACCGAACUAUCUCCGGGUAGCGUGGGACUCGACCUUCCAGAAUCUGAAAGCAGUUCAAGUGACGUACAGAGUGGAGUUGGCAAUAGGAUCCAGAGUGCCUUCAAGUUCCUACACAUCCAACGAGAUCAAAAUUGUGAACUCGACUACGGCUAAAAUAUUGGAAACGCUCGUCCCAUACUAUGUAAGAAUGACAGUCUGCCUUCAGGCUCGACAGCAGAGAGGUGGAUGGUCCAAGAAAAUAUGUGAUUAUUUCGCAACAAAUCCUGGAACGCCAGGACCUGUAAGAAACCUGAAGAUUACCCCGGAUGUUCAUUCCUUAGGACUGACCUGGGAAGACCCGGAUGACACUCCUCCCACAGGAGAACUGGACAGGGUGAAUAUAGAAGUGAGCAACACAUGCAAGACAUUGCUCAUGUUUCAUAAGAAUAUUCAUAAUUUGGUUCGCGACUACGGAAAGAGGUCCUUCACCGUCACUCUUCUCCAACCCGAUUCAGACUAUACUAUUCAGGUGAGCGCCUUAAACAAAGGAUAUGGAAACUACAAAGGUGUGACAUUAAACGCACACACUCUUCCUGGGGUCCCGUCGUCGCCACGAGCUCUCCUUGCCCUGCCCUGGAGUAGCACACAGGUCCUCCUUUCGUGGGCGCCGCCAGACGAACCUAUGGGUACCCUUCUCAACUACACCGUCUGGGUUAAUGGAAAGGUCAACACAUGCAAAGAGAACACGCUCCAAUUGCAUCGGUGCAAGAUGGCCUCACCCCUGAAGAGAACUAUCUCGCUGAAGUGGCAGCGUGCAACAAACUUCAUUGCGGCAGAGUGGUUGCAAAAGAGGUCGCCAUGCCAUCUGCAAGAGUCCUCCCAGUGUGGAUCCCAGUCCUAUUCGCCUCGCUUCUGUUCAUCGUCCUCGGGCCUUUGCUCUUCAUGCUGUGGUCUGUCUCAAGGCUUUGUGGAUAUGCGAAGCAAGAAAGUGCUGGAGCGUUUAAAUGAAAACAAAGAUAUUAGACGACCUGGAGAAGAAGCAGUUUUGGCCACAGAUAGGCCAGCCGAGAACCAGACGUCAAAUCCUGAUUUGCAUGAGUACGAAAGUCCAUACACCCUGAAUGUUAUUUACAAACCUCAAGUGAGCCAAGAUAAUACUCUUUUAGGCGAUAAUCAGAGGCAAAACAAUGUCAGUGAUGCUGCCUAUGCCAACAUACCUGCAGUCAGUGAGCAUUAUUAUGCAAAUAUUCAAGUAACGUCUGCUGAUGUUAUUUCACACUGACUGGCCACGCAAAAAAAAAAAUUGCCGCCAGGAGUUAUUACUUAGCAAGCAGUUGUCUUUGCAUUCUCUGUCCAGUCAAAUCAUUCUGGCUAAAGAAAUGAAAAUCAAUUGGUCCAGAGGUGCUAAUUAUAUUACUCAACACUGUCACCAUAAUUAUCUGUAAAUAAAGAUGCAAUAUAGUUGUAAACAGUGCCCUGUUUGUGUUAAUUAUUCUGGCUUAAUAUUUAGUCGUUGAUGGAAGCUCGUCGUUGAACUGACAAACUAAAUGCUUCUCAGUGUGCGUUUCUUUUUUAAGUCUCUGUGUGUCUCUGUGCGUUUGUAUAUGCAUUUGCUUAUGUGAAAGUAAAAGUGCACCAUGUCUGCCGCAGUUUUAGCCAUAUAAUGCAACAUGUUCACCUAAAUGCGUCUUGGAACUAUAUAUAUGUAUAUAUAUAUAUAUAUAUAUAUAUAUAUAUAUAUAUAUAUUACACACAAACACCCACACUCAUAUAUAUAUAUAUAUAUAUAUAUAUAUAUAUGUUUGUGUGAACCACCAACACUAUGAUGUCAACAUAGCGCCACUGCAUCGGUGAUAGCACGAUUAGAAAAAAAAUAUAUAUGUAUAUAUAUAUAUAUAUAUAUUUAUAUAUAUAUACAUAUACACUGUGUAUAUAUACAUACAUGCAUAUAUAUCUCUAUGACGUGUAUAUAAGCACGAUUCGUGUAAGCCACGUGGUCUAUUGGUCUAGUGGUGUGGCCAAGCAAUAUGACGUGUUAUUUUUUUUAUUUUUUUUUGAGGGGGGGGGGGGCGGGGUCCAGUCUUCCCGUUUAACCUUUUUGUUUAUUGUGACGUUUCUUCUAAUAUGCGUAAAGUGUCCUGAUAUUAUAAAGUAUUAUUCUUUGAUUUUCUUUAUUUUGUAUUCGUCCUAGUUUACUAAAUACUGUAUUUUUUUGAGUGUUUCAAAAUGUUUCGAUUAUUUUACACUUAUCAUUUUUCGCUAGCUCCAUAUUUUUUCGAUAUUUCAUUUUGAACUUGAAUCUUUUUUUAAAAUCUUUUCCUGUGCCAUUUGUCAAUAUAUAUAUAUAUAUAUUUAAUUGUGCAAUGUAAAACCAUAUGCUUUACAUAUAUGAAAGAUGCUUAGUUCGUGACGUAAUUAAUGAUGUCACAAACAAUAUAAAUAUACCCAGUCUGAACCUGUUA